GGAGUAGUCAGACGGCUGCAACAUGCGUUAGUCCAGGUAAGCAGCAGGCGCAAGGGAAACAUGAAUGCUGUCUGACAAGUCAGGUAGGAAUUGACUUGGGGAAGAGAACCCCUGGCUGUCUCCUAGUAACAAGCGAACAGGUGCAGAGAGCGCUCUGUGCUACACAACUCGGCCUGUCACUCACUGUCCCGGGUACAGGGCAGGCGAAGGGAUUUACCUACUCGGGGCACAACAAGCGGCAGUGAGUGUGGGUGGAGAAUAACCACACGGAUAAACCCUCUUCCAGGCUGACUGGGGAAUCCCCUGGCAUAAAUGUGCGCUCUGCUGCUCCCAGCACGUUGUUCACCAGUCACACAUCCUCCUUCUGAAGGAGCAACAGGGAUAAAGGAAUAACAGGACUUGUGCCCACUCUGUGUCUCCCUGACAGAAAAUGAUGCGGUACAACUCCGCCGCCACUCUCACUACCUCACACUCCGGCUCUGCCCACAAACCCGGAGGAGUUUGCCGGUUGCGUCUCACCUUGCCUUCAGAAGCAAGCUUGCAGCCAAAGCAGGAUGAAAUUAAGAAAAGCACUUCUAUAAAUGCUGAUCCUAGAAGUAAAGCAGAAAGGAGGAAAAAGAGAAAUGGAUAUGUCUUGUCUGAAAAGAACACAUCUGAGCCACCAACCCUACAUCUCUACACCAUUCCGAAAAACAAUUCACCAGCUGCAGUGGCUUCCCAUGGAGUGGUAUAUGGUGUUGUGCAGAGAGCUGAAAACAACCAUCAGAACGAGGUUGUUGUCUAUGAGUGGUCUACUAACCAGAUUAAGGAAGAGAUGAACUACAUCAAAGAUGUGAGAGGGACUUUGGAAAAAAUCAGAGAGAAAAUGUUUGGAGAGUAUGAUGAAAUGAAACAAAAAGUUAAACAGCUCACUCAUGAAAUGAAGGUUUCUUCAAUACAAAAGGAGUUUUUGGAGAGCCACUCCCAGGUGCAAUCUGCAGCACUGGACACCUUUGGAACAAUCAACAGUUCCUUGAAUGCAGCUUCCAUAGAAAUGCAGAAAACUCUGGUGGAUAUGACCUUGGAAAGCAGCAACAUUAAGGAUGAAAUGAAGAAUUUAAAACAUUCUUAUGAAGAAUCCUUGGACAAACUGAAAGAAAAGCAGCAGUUGUUGGAAGCUGCCCAAAAUGAAAACCAGUUGUUAAAAGUCAAGAUUGAGUCCUCCCAGGAAGCUAAUGCUGAGGUCAUGAGAGAAAUGACACGAAAGCUGUACAGUCAAUAUGAAGAAAAGCUUCAGCAAGAGGAAAUGAAAUACACUGCAGAAAAAGAAGCGCUUGUGGAUCAGACAAGACACUACCUGAAAGCUAUUGAAGAUGCUAGUGAGAAGGUUCGCAUUGCUGAGAUUAAAAUUGAAGAAAGAGAUGCAAAAAUUUCAGAACUUGACAGAUUAGUGCAUCGCAUGGAACAGGAACGAGAGCAGCUGCAAGAACAAUUGACGAGACAUGAAGAACGAAUACAAAAUCUUGAUAACAGGAUGCAGAUGCAUUCACCAGACAGGAACCAACGUUUAGAGGAAGUUGCAACAAGUUUAAGAGAGCGCAUUAAGCACCUGGAUGACAUGGUUCAUUGUCAACAAAAGAAGGUUAAACAUAUGAUUGAAGAGAUUGAAUUGCUUAAGAAAAAGGUUCACUACAAAGACUUACUCAUCCAGCAGCUGCUAGAAAGGAUUUCGUUUCUGGAAGGAGAGAACACAGAGCUACAAGAUAAAGUGGACUACUUGAUGGCAAACCAAACAAAAACUGACAAAGAAACCAAAGAUAUUGGAACAUCAUGUGAUCUUCCAGAAAGGAAGUUUCUUGCUCGACUGCCUGACAGAGGAAAAAAAAUUUUGGAGUUCACUGAAAAAGUACGACUUGCUAUUGCAGAGAGUGAGGAGUUGAAAAGAACAGGAGAUCUUUUAGCUGCAUUCAAAGGGGACUUCCAAGCAGCUCAAGGCAAGAAAAAUAAGACCAAUAAAAGAGUGGAAGUGGAUUUACCAUUAGCACCUAACACUUAUUUAGCUGAAGAAAAGUCCAGCUCUCCUCAAAAUAUAAAUGGUGUUGCAGGUCCAUCAAAUUCCACUGAAGAACCUUCAAGAUGUCACUCUAGUAAGACUGAAAUAACUGCUGACCACAAAGAUGAUCAUAGCUUCAAUGCUGACACAUUGGCUAAUGAUUUAGAGAACAUUCAUAUUAAAGAUGGUGUGGAGGAAACAAACCAGAGAGCACAGACGACCUCCUCUUUGCAGAGAAUAAAUCUGCCGUUUUUAAAUGCAGCAAAGACAAAACCUCACUAUAUUGCAGUAAUAGAAAACAGAGCACACAGCCCAGUUAAAAAAAAGGAAAAAUACAAGCCCAGCAAGUUUCCAUCAGGUUCAAAUAAUUCCUCGCCUAGCCAGUCACCAGGAGGAAGGGAACUUACAAUUUCUGCGGAGGAGAGAAGAGCACAGGAUAAGAAACACUUGGAUGAUAUCACAGCUGCAAGGCUUCCACCUCUUCAUCAUGCCCCUUCCCAGUUACUCCCAUUAGAGGAGUCCAUAGCUCUCCAGUUAGCACACAAGAAGACUUUUGAGGAACAACAAGCCAAGCUAGCAGCAGGGAAACUUCUGGAAAAGCUGAACAUAAAACUGGUAAAAUUUAACCCUGAAGGGGAUUCCUACAUGAAAUACAGGCAUGUGAAAGAUGGAGAAGAAGAGGCAUGACCGAAACACUUGCUCAUUGGAACACCAUUCUUUAUCACUGUGUAGGAAGAUGUAUUACUGGCAAGGCCUGUAAUGUAAUAUAAGUAUUACUGAAACCUAAUAGGAUGCAAAAUAUGCAGUUUGUUUUGACAAAUCAACUAUUAAGGCUUAGAUUGAAACCUGUUUUAGUAUUUACUUGUUACUUCUCUCUCUCUCUAUCGUCUUUUAUUGAGAAUGUUUCAGUGUGGCUUUUUAAGUACAGGUAUGGCACCUGUUAUCCAGAAAGCGUGGGACCUAGGAGAGAUCUUUCUGUUAUUUGGAUCACCAUAUUGCUAAAACAACAGCAUAGUACUAGUCUACUUAAAAGUCACUUUAAAUACAUUAAAAUAAAGCCAAUACAUUAUUUUGCCACCAGUAAAGAUUACUUUAUAUUUUAGUUGGGAUGUAAUGCAAGGUACUGUUUUUUUUUUAAUUACAGAUAAAAAGGAAAAUAUUUUCUGAAAUUAAAAUGGGUUCUAUGUGAGAUGGCUUUUCUGUAAUUCAGAGCUUUCUGGAUAAUGGGUUUCUGGAUAAGGGAUCCCAUAUCUGUUCAAUACACCAUAAAGCGAAAGCGAAGAUUCCCAGUUUCUUUCUUUUGUUCCUUUAUUCUAUCCAUUCAUUCAUAUUAUUACUCUCCUUUUUAUUUAAAUACAUUUGAACUCCCUUAUAGUUGUAGUAGUCAGGCUCACUGAUUUGCACUAAUAGUGGAUGUCUGUGCAUUUAGUUGCAAUGUUAUGCAGUGGUGAUAUGCCAUGUAUAUGUAAUGAUACAACCUACUGAUAACAUCCUUCUACCAGCAGAUUACAUAAAGCUUGGAGUAUGGAGAUUUCUCCUAUGUCUUCCUUGGUUUGUACUUGUUUCUCUUGAAACUUGCAACUUGUUUAAUAUUACAAUAAAUCAUUUUAUUUUUCUACCUA